AUGCUGCCAGAGGACAUUGAUGAUAGAUUGUUCGCGAAGCAGGUUGAGGUUGUAGCAGAUGGUAUCUGCGACGCCCUAGUCCUCUGCUUCUUCGAAAAGCAACGCUCCCACCCCAGCGCCCCCUGGCGGGACCGUCAAAUGCGCAAAGUCGAAGGCGGUCUCGCCGCGCUCGCUACAUGGGUAGAUCAGAGCCCUACCAAGAACUUCAUCAUUGGCGACUCCCUUACCCUAGCAGACAUCGCAGCAGGAAGCGUCUUGGGUGCGAUGGUCCGAUCAUCCCUGGAUAACGCAGUAUCCCGGGUUGAAGAGGUAUUGGGAGGGUCUUGA